AUGGAUAGCGACAAAACACCCGCAAUGUUCAGCCCCAUAUUCCCAUCCCCAAAGACCCUAGACGAAGGUUUCCAAGCAUUUGUAACCCAGAGGCCUCCAUGCACCUCCCUGGCGAGCCAAAUGCCCACCCCACAAAGGCACACCCCUGAAAUAGCCAGGAUAACAACAGUCGAUGCCCACCAAAUCAACAUCGAUGGCAACCAUGUAUCCGCGGGCAUAGCCUGGUUCGAUAACAAUGACCCAUGUAAUGUAUCUGUCAAACUAUCAGAGGAAUUAGCUGGCCCCAGAGCUGGGGAAAUUGGUGCACUCCUCAUGGCUAUCUCCACUCUCCAAACCGACACUCCCAUACAUAUAACCACCAAGACGUUGAAACUACGAAAGGACUUAACCGUCAAUCUACCAAGACUUGAGGACACAAACUGGAUCACUCACCCAAACAGCAACAUAAUGAAAGCAUUGAUAGCAAAACUGAGGGUGAGAUCAACUUUAAUAACUCUCUUGGACUGGGACAAAAACACACCGAAAUACGUCACCGAUAAACUUCAGCUCCAAACAAAAGAAUGCCUACUAAAAGAUAACCACGACAACAUACCAACCGAAAUAGACGCACCACUGGAGCUCACCGACGAGCAAGACAACCAGCCAAGCAACGCAGAUGUACCAACAUGA